CGAUCAUGGGGCCGGCAUUGUGUCCAUUCUCUUUCUUUCCAUGAUUUUCGUAAUCCGAACGCUCACAUUGAUUCUAUCACCCUGGUCCUACUCUGAGGCUUCGGAGGUGGUUGCCCAGCUCUCAAACUAUAUGAUCCUUUGUGUCGGAGUAGUUGAAACCAUACUACUCUGGCUGCGAUUCCGGACGCCAGUACUUGGCAUCAGCAUCUGGGUCGAUGCCAAUGCGCGCUCGAGAGUUUGGGUGCAGAGAUUCCUAGUUUUCAACAACGUCGCCUGUUUGCUUGCGAUCGUUUUCACGCCUCUGCGGAUCAAGUACUUUCGUCGUGUAUCCGUCAUGCGUUUACUCGAUCAGAACCUCGAGCACGACACCUGGCCGAUAUACCAGGUCAGCAAACCUCACCUUUUCGCCCG